AUGCAUAUCAAAGACUAUGAAGAUGAACCUCCAAUAAGAGUCUUACAUGACCUCCAUUGUGAAAUUAGGACUGUGAAGGAAGAUAUUAAUGCCAGUCUUGGUAAGAGUUGCUCUGAAAAACAAGAAAUUAAUGAGUUUAUCAAGGCAAAUGAAAUAUUGAUGCAGAAAAAUGCUGCGGAUCUUGGAAAAAUAAAAGAACUGUUCCAGAAGUAUGGCUACAAACCACAUGUCAAAGACUCUCCAGAAGAGGAGGAAGAAGUUAACAGUGAUUCAGUGGUGCCUGUCCAGAACAAGUGCGAUGAAGAAAAAGCAGAUGAUGUACCUCAUCCUCCUGCUUCUACUGAGAAGCCACCAGUGCCCAAAGACUCGCUGCAUCACCCCCAGCUCUCCGAUUUUGGCCUUUCACACUAUGCUUUCUCCAGGCCUUGGAGUGCAGCGAAAGGACAACACGCAACAAAUGCAUAUCAAGAAAAUUCAAAGAACAGGACUCCACUAAAAACACAGAUCCCCUCUUUUUUGCCCAAAACACCAAAGUGCAAGCUGAAGAUGGAUGAUUAUGAGUGCGUAACACCGAAACUUGAACACUUUGGCAUUAGCGAACAUACCAUGUGUAUGAAUGAAGACUAUACGAUGUCACUUAUGCGUAAAACGGCUCCGAAAAGCAAAAAGUUGGUUAAAAAAGAUGAUAAUGAAUUGAAUGUACUCAAAAUAACAUCCAGAGGUGAAAUCAUGGUUACUCCUGGGGCAAAACUAAAAGUAACAGCUGAGAAAGCAGCUGACUGGAUGGCUUCUCCUAUGGUACUUGUGUUCUGUACUCCUGAUGUGAAAAGCCCUUCCGGAGCAAAGAGUACGGCCUUAGCAAGGUCACCAGAGACAAACGAACUGCCUCCUCCCAGCCACGCAGGAACGCCAGGGUUUCCAGAUUUUGAAACAAGAUGGCUAAAAACAGAAGCUAAGGUACAGGGGGAGAAGGUUGAGUCAGUGACAAAGAAUGAUGCAACAGAUAAACAACACACAGAAGAUAAAUUUUCCUUUGCUGUGAGCUCUGAUGAGUAUCUUAAACAUUUUGGAGACCCUUCUCCUCCCAAAAUAAAACACUAUGACCAGUUACUCAAUACUCCUCCACCUCCAGAAAUAACAAGGAUACCAGAUGAUGUUCUACAGAUUCUGUCCAGGUAUAAUUAUAAGGAAGACUCUUCUAAAGCUAAGGACAUGGACACCAAGGCAGGAAGUGCUACAAAAUGUGAAAGUGGUUUCACCGAUUACCGCAACAAGGAAAACAGGACCAUUGCCCUGAUGUGGAUAUAA